AUGCCCGUCAGAGAAACUGAGAGAGAAGUUGUUUUAACUCAUCCUACCGAUGAUACUACCAGUGUCCAUAUUUUGAAGUAUGGCGCUACAGUUUAUUCUUGGAAAUUGAAAUCUGAAGAACAGUUGUGGUUGUCCACCGCUGCUAAACUGGAUGGUAGCAAGCCUGUGAGAGGUGGGAUUCCUCUGGUUUUUCCUGUGUUCGGGAAGAAUGAGACCGAUGAAUAUUUGAGUAAGUUGCCCCAACAUGGCCUUGCAAGAAAUUCCACUUGGGAAUUCUUAGGCCAAACUAAGGAGAACCCACCAACGGCGCAAUUUGGUUUGAAACCUGAAAUUUCCAAUCCGGAAUUGACCAAGUUAUGGCCAAUGGAUUUUCUUUUGAUUUUAACCGUUGAGUUGGGCCCAGAUUAUUUGAAAACAGCCAUAGAAGUGGAGAACACUUCUAGCUCCAAAGAAUUGAAAUUCAACUGGUUAUUCCAUACCUAUUUCCGCAUUGAAGACAUCGAAGGCACGAUGGUCUCCAAUUUAGCUGGUAUGAAAGUUUAUGAUCAACUGUUGAAAGAAUCAUAUGUUGAUAAGCACCCAGUCGUUACUUUCAAUGAAGAAACUGAUGUAAUUUAUCAAAACGUCAGUCCUGAGCGUGCCAUCCAAAUAGUUGACAAGGGCGUUCAAAUUCAUACCCUAAAAAGAUACAACUUACCGGAUACUGUCGUUUGGAAUCCGUGGGUUGAGAAGUCUCGAGGAAUGGCCGAUUUCGAACCAAAAACUGGUUACCAGCAAAUGAUAUGUAUUGAACCUGGACAUGUUCAUGACUUCGUUACCUUAGCUCCUGGGAAGAAAUGGGAUGCUUACCAAUUGCUUUGUAAGGAAGAAUUAAAGUACCAGGCCAUUCAAUGA